AUGCAACAAAUUCAACUCUCUGAACAACAAAUAAGAAAGUUCAUUGAAACAUCAAAAGGACUUUCAGAAACAACUUUUAAAACAUGGUUAACUGCAAAACUCAGUAAUUUUCAGGAAGAAAUGAAAAAACUUAUUUUAGCAUUAGUUUCUGAACAACAAAAAUAUAAAAAUCAUAUAGAAAUUAAAGAUGGAGAAAACAUUGCAAAUACUAUUAUUUCUAUUUGGAAUAGUUGUAUUAGUUUAAUUGAUAUUAUAUCACAUGAAAAAACACUAACAAUGAUGUUACAAAUCAUUUAUAAUUGUAUGAAGCAUCCAAUAUUUACAAUGUUUCAAGAAUGUAUUGUAACAAAAGCAAUUAAAAGAAAAUGUAUUGAUGAUUGUUUUGGAAUAUUUAGUAAAUAUAAAAGAUUAUGUAUUCAUACUAUUCAAUGUAUUGAAAGAAUAUUUAAGAGAAUAUACGAUGAAAAAGUAAUUAUGAUUGAAUCAAAUAAAGUAGUUAUGAAAUUAUGUGGUUGGAUUAUUGGAAGAGCAUGUCUUGUUCUUCCAUCAUUAUAUCUAGGAUUAAUGAAAAAUAUUGAAAUACCAGAUGGUGGGAUUAGAAUUAUUGAUUCAUUUCCAAAUAAAAUGAUAGAACGAGUAUUACCAGAAGAAUAUCAAAUUGCAAUUCCAAAUGAUAAUUUAGAUAUUAAUGAAUUUCUUAGAUAUUAUUCAAUGAAUGAUUUUAUUGUUUGUAUUACUAAGGGAUUUAUUCUAGGUGCAUUAGAAAAUGAUAAAAUUGAACAAUUAUUAAAUGAAUCAGUUGAAUACCAAUGUCUUUUAUCAAAAUAUUUUAAAAUUCAUGGAGAAUCAAUAAGAUAUCAACAAGGUUAUUCAUUGAAUAAAUUCUUAUUUAGUGUUGAUUCAACUUUACUUAAUCAAAUAUUUUCAAUGAUUGUUACAAAUACAAAUUAUUUAAAUUAUCAAUCAGUUAUUAAAAUGGCUAAUACAUUCAAUAAAUAUAUUAAUUUAAUUACCCAACAUCAUGACCUUUUUAAUCCUUUAACUCGAUUACCAUUUGAUAGUAAACUUUUAAUAAAUGCUUUUCAUAUUUCAAAACUUGGUGAUAACUCAUAUGCAUUAAUAAAACUAAUAGACACAGUUUAUUAUUCCAUUCAAACUUUUCCAACUGAAUCAAGAGUACCUAUUAUAACUUAUUUAAUUAAUGAUAGUUUCUAUUUCUUCUUCACUCAUUGGUCAGAUAUUGUUCGUCAACACUUUCAUUAUUUUAUUCUUUAUAGAUCAACAUUAUGUUGGAUUAAAGACAUUUAUAACAAUAAACUUACUAAACAAGAAACAGAACUAUAUCAAUCAAGAACAAUUAAGAAAUACAAUCCUUUGGAUGAAGAUAUGAAGCUAAUAUUGAAAGUACGUGAAAAUAGUCAUUUAUUAGAAAAGACAAAAGAUACUUUUCCUUUAAAAGAAAGAAUCAUUAUUGAACACUCUACACAUGAUUUUAGAAGUUUAUCUAAAGAAUCAAUUCAAUGGACCACAUCAAGAAGAAAAUUAACUGAAGUUCCUAACGUUGAAUUUCCUUUCAAAGAUUUUAGUAUUUCAAAUCUUAAUUGA